GCGCGGACACGCGCGCGCUGUCGUCCGCCAAGCAUGGUCCAACGCAUGGAGCCUGAGGCUGAGGCUGCAGAACUUCUGCCAGAAGACGGAACCUUGAUUUCGUGGCGGCCAAGCAGUGACAGCGACAAUGGCGACAAGCCGGCUUGCCUCUUUGGUUGGUGCAGGUGGAGCCAGCUUUGUCGUCCAAUGCUGCGAGGUUGACCCCUCAGUUAGCCCUUUGUGCUCCUGCCCCCUCGCCUCACCACUGCUCGCUGCCCGGAGGGUGUCGCAUUCGCAAGCGACCAGCCGGACAUCGCCACCCCAAUGCAUCACGACGGGGAAAGUAGAGCAUUCACGCGCAAGCACGAGGCGAAGAGCAGUGCGCAGGCCGGUGGUAACCUGUGCUGUUCCUGGCACCAGCCCGCCUCCAUACGUAGAGAGUCCUCCCUUCACGGAAGAUGCACUGGACCGGGCUGCUGCGCUGGCGCAGGCCACGCUGAGGGAAAUGCUCAGCUAUUUGGAGGAUCUCGGCAACACGGGCGGCCUGGAGGAGCUGACGGUACAGCUGGCGGCCAACGCGGCCAUCAGCAAGCGCAUCGACAAGCUGGACGGGGCAUUCAUGCUGGCCAUUGACACCAUGCUCAUGCAGGCAGAGAGGAACAAUGAUCCCCAGUCGGUGGCCAUUCUCCUGAUUGUGAAGCAGGAGGUCCUGGCAGCGCUGGCCAAGAGCUUCCCGCCCAAUGUGCAGGUGUUGGAGCUGCUGACGAGGGUGCCCCUCAAGGAGGUGCGCAAGGACCUCAUCUGCCUGGCCGCGGCUGGAGGGGGCCAAUACACCGGGGGGGAGUACGAGACACGGGAGGACAAGCUGCUGGUGCCCGCAGCAAGGAUUGAAAACGUGCUGCGGCAAACGGACGACAUGGUCUACGACAUGGAGGAGCGCGCGCAGGUGGCGGAUCGGCGGCUGCUGGCGCGGCUGGUGCUUAUCCGGGAGGAGCUGCGCGCCAUGAUGGCAGGGGGGAUCCACGACCCGCGCGCCAACACGCGCGUGCUCGGGAAUCUGCCGCAGAAAGAGGUAGAGUUUCUGAGUGCGUUGGCGGCGAUGCGGCCCGGGGAGCAGAUGUCGGCGCGCAUCGCCAAGGUGCUGGCGGGGCAGGACGAGGGCGCGGACAAGGUGACCAAGUUUGUCCCGCAGGCGGAGCGCGCCGCGGCCGAGUACGACAUCGACGAGGUGCGCACGCGGGGGCUGGACGACGAGGAGCUGGCGGAGGAGGACCACGCGCUGCGCAUGCGCAUUGCGGGGGAGUCGGGGGAGACGCGCGACGGGCAAGUGACGACCACGCUGCCGGUGCGGCCGGGGCAGCUGCUGGAGACGCUAACCAAGCUGACGGGGAGCGCGCUGAGCGGGUAUACGGCAGGGGGCGACGCGGGGCUGCUCAUGCAGAUGCGCCAUGUGCGGAAGGUGUGCUUGGAAGAGCUGGAGGAUCUGGCAGGCUGGGGGAAGUUCGAAGAUGCAAGCGAGUAUCGGCCAUGAUAAUCUCGGCUUGACACUCGGCGGCGAACGGGCGAUAUAACGGGGCGAAUCAAGAAGGGGACCAAUAUCGAGGAUUGGGGCGCGGUUGAGCGGUCUUUUGAAAUGUUCUAUUUGACCUACAAGACCAUUUGCGAUAUCUGGCAUAGUGAAAGAUACAUUUCAGAAGCUGAAUCCUAUAGAAAAUUUCGAAAGCGUUCUAAAGAAGCCGUCGACGAUAUCCGCUCGAAGCGGCAUGAGAGUAGUAAGAUGGCAAGGAAAAGGAUGAGCCUAGAGUUUGGAAAGCUCAUAGAAUACUUGAAAGAUGGAAACUCAACUCUCAGGAUUCCAAGGCUCAGAGGGAAUCGCUGCGGCUAAGCUGUAUGUCAGGACUAGACCGCAUUAGAUCUUGACAAAGAUAAAUCCUCUUUUACGAUGGUAAAUGAUUGACGGUUGCAUGGUGUGCC